CGUCGUUGCUGAACAUAUGGGCGACAAAGGGGCGAAUUCUAUCACGGUGUGACGGAGCAUCGCGCUGGCCACAGUGUUCGGUAAUCCUCGGUACAGUGUGGACAGGUCGAACAGUGCGUCAUCAGUAAUACGGUGUACGAUCGGCAACGAAUUAUCCAUCGGUGGCAGCGAAGGUGGUGGUGGUAGUGGUGGUGUGCGUGUAUGUGCGCGCGCGAGAAAGAGAAAAGAGAGAGAGAGAGAGAGAGUGUACGUGUGUGUUGUGCGCGAGAGAGGAAGGAAGAAAGAAAGGAGGCAGCACGCAGUAUUACGUGUUUUUGAGCCUCGUCCGUGUUGUGCUCGCCAUGACGUUGCUCUGAAAUCGUAUCUCAAUAAUAUCAAUCCCGAUGUUGGCCAUAGGAUUGCGCCAAUGUGACUUUCAUGCUUUUAACGAGGAGAGCAUCCGGGGCGGCAAUUCGUGGAUACCGAAGAAAGCUUCAAACGCGUUUGAAGCUUUCGAGGUCGUAUUCAUGGAACUAUGAACCUGGACUCGUUGUCUUUUACUUUGUCACAAAUCAGUUAUUUGGUUGCGAAUUUGAGUAAGAGAAAUUUUCGGGAGAGCUGUGAAGAGAUAUCGGUCCUGGUGCAGUGGACUGGUCUGGAGGCGGACCGACAUUUGUUGCGCUGUUUGUUCUCGUACGUCGAUUUUUCCAGCAGCGAGCGGUCAGAGUCCAACUCCAAGGAUUACUUCCAAGCACAAUUGUUGAAGCAGGAGUGUGUCACUUUACUGAGUAAACCGUCCUUGGUAUCGAAUUUGUGUUUUGCUAUCGAUCAUCCUUUGCAUCAUCAGAAGUCAUUGAAUCCUUCCUCCAAGUUUUUUGCCAAUUUAAAAAAGACACUUGGGUUGAGCUUGGUACAAGAGGUUGCUUUCGCAAUCGCGCUAUAUCAUUCGGAAAAUACAGAAAUCCGUGCACUAGCCUUAGAACAUACUCAGAAGCAACUGCCUGAACUGAUAAAAAACUACGUAAACUCUGAGACUAGCAACAAACACCACGAGGAAGGUCUGCACGAUUCGUCGCCCGAGGUUCUUCACCUAAUACUCAGUCAGGUUUUUCAUACUACCAAUCCAUACAACCUUUUGGCCGAAGCUAAGGAAAAAUUUCUCAAGAACUUACGACGCGAUUUUCCCCGUGAACUGGUACCAGUGGUGCUAGCACCACUCUUGUAUCCAGGAGACGGGGAAACUCCACAGUUCAAAAUUGAGUUGAACAUGGCGGUCAGUCAAAUGGAUGGCAACUCUCUAGCAGAGUUGAUUAUGGAAUUAGGCUAUAGUCUUACCAUUAGCGUCGAAGAAUGUCGAUCUGCAUUAGCAGGUUUAGGUGCUAGAGAAAUAACACCAGCAUGCGCUGCACGUGUGUUGGCGCAUAUGGCACGUACCUGUAGUAAUCACGAAGACACAGGAGGAAUACAAUCUUUCUGGGGUAAUUCGACUGCUACUCAGGAUUCCAGUAAGGAGAAACCAUCGGAGACUACUGCCCCAACAACAUGGAACGUCGAAGUGUUUGUUCAGGCCUUAAAGGAGAUACAAGCUACAUUAUCGUGGAACGAAGUUAUCGUGAAAUUGGACCAUGCAGACUUUGUCAUCAAAGAUAGACAAGGUUUAAACUUACUGAUUACAGCUUUAAAGUUGGGUCUUCAACAUCAAGGAUAUCCACCUGAUAUGUUUCCCGUCGAGCUUUUUUAUCGCCAUUGGGACAACGUGGAGAGUCAGUUCUCUCUGAUCCAGCAAAUUCUGAAGUGCCCUGAAAUAUUCUGCUUCGCAGACUAUCCAUAUCACUCGGUAACCGUAGACGUAUUAAAGGCGGCGCCCGAAGGGGACAGUAAAGAGGCUCAAACGUGGAGAUCGCUCAACAUAGUGGAGUUGCUUUUGUACAUGGCGGAAAGAGGAUUGUAUUCCCCGGUGCAGGAUCUAUUUAAAUGGCCCAUUCAGCAUUGCCCGGACGUGCUCGUGUUGGCGUUACUGCAGAUCAAUCAACCGCUCACGAUAUUGAGACAAGAUCUACUCAGCACGCUAAUGCCCAUUUUUCUGGGCAAUCAUCCUAACUCGGCCGUGAUAUUACAUCACUCUUGGCAUGCGAAUAACUCCAAGAUAAAGACAAUUAUUAUGCACGCCAUGGCUGAUUGGUAUACGCGCGGUGACCAUGAUCAAACGAGAUUAUCGCGCAUCUUGGAUGUCGCACAAGAUCUCAAAGCGCUGUCGGCGCUAUUGAACGCACAAUCGUUCCCAUUCGUCAUCGAUCUUGCGUGUCUGGCAUCUCGGCGAGAAUAUCUGAAAUUAGAAAAGUGGCUGUCGGAUAAGAUCAGAGACCAUGGAGAAGUGUUUGUCAACGCAUGCGUGAAGUUUCUCCAGAGACGUUGCCCGCAGGUUAUGGGUGGCAGCAUCAAAGAGGAUUCUACAGUACCCAAAGCAAGCCAAUUACCGCAGGAGACGCUUACUACGAUACUCGCUUGUUUGCAAGUUUGUGCUGGAAACGUUUCCCAAGAUUGCUCGGAGGCGAUAGUGACGAUGGUUCAAAACUGCAGUCUGAUGAUAAGUAAGAAUGUAAACAGACAGCCUCCACCUGGAGUUUUGAGACAUCGAGGAUUGGAACAGUUUAAUCCGGCCACUUUAGGCAGUCAGAUAUUUUCCUCUAAGCAAGUGGAUCCUUUGGGUAAUUUAAGUUCGAGUCUCGCAUCCAUGGGUCUUGGUACUGGUAUCGGACCACCAAGUACUUCCGCCUUCAACUUACCCGGCGCACUGGGGCCUCUAGUUUCAGCGCCUGGAUCUCCUUCACAACUCAUGGGACCUUCUCCAAGUCCCUUUCCGAUGUUGCCUUUAACGUCGCAGUUACAUUCGGGUCCAGUUGGCACUCAGGGCCCGUCUGUGCUACCCGGUGGUACGACCAUCGGCGGAUUAGGACGCCUUGCACCGCCAACUGGUAUCGAGAAAACGAGGAUUCAGGAUGUCUCGAACUUAUUUUCGGAAAUGACACAACCGGUGGCCAAAGAAAUUGAAGAUGAAGCGAACAGCUAUUUUCAACGGAUAUACAAUCAUCCGCCGCAUCCGACCUUGUCGAUCGACGAAGUACUAGAUAUGUUGAAGAAGUUUACAUCAUCUACCAAUAGGAGAGAGAGGGAGGUGUUCCAGUGCAUGAUGCGGAAUCUAUUCGAAGAGUACAAAUUUUUCCCACAAUAUCCCGAGAAAGAAUUACAGAUUACGGCCCAACUGUUCGGUGGGAUCAUCGAGCGUGGCAUUAUCGGUCAUUACUUAACGCUCGGGAUGUCAUUGAGGUUCGUCUUGGAAGCGCUUAGGAAACCGGAAGGCAGCAAAAUGUACUAUUUCGGUAUAACGGCUCUGGAUCGCUUUAAGAAUCGCUUGAAAGACUAUGGAACGUAUUGCGAACAUGUCCGUAGUAUUCCGCAUUAUAGCGAGUUCCCACCGCACUUAAUGGAGUACAUCGAGUAUGGAGCAAGCCACCAAGAACCUCCAGCGAGAUCACAAGGCUCCAAGACUGUCACGACUAUGUUGGGGGCGCCAGUCACGACGUACAAGACUAUGACUACGACUACUAUUACAACUAGUAUCACGCAGGCGAAACCAUCUACGACGCCGACGACGUCUCUUUCAGCCAGACCCUCCAUUGCGACCGCAACUAACAUCGAUACUUUGCUUGUGGCAACUGACAAGGAGGAGAAGAUCACGACACCGCCGGAAGCCUUGCAGGACAAAACGGCAUUUAUUUUCAAUAAUCUUAGCCAGUUGAAUCUGCAGCAGAAAUGUGACGAGCUUCGCGAGGUUGCCACGGAGGAAUAUUGGCCGUGGAUGGCGCAGUACUUGGUGAUGAAACGUGCUAGUAUAGAACUGAACUUUCACGCUCUGUAUUCGAAUUUUCUUGAUUGUAUAAAAUUACCCGAACUCAACAAGAUGGUCACCAGAGAAACAUUUCGUAAUAUCAAGGUACUCCUGCGUAGUGACAAGGGUAUAGCUAAUUUUUCGGAUAGAUCGCUUCUGAAGAAUUUAGGACAUUGGCUUGGUAUGAUGACACUUGGCAGGAAUAAACCCAUCUUACAGGUAGAUAUAGAUCUGAAAAGUUUACUUGUCGAGGCAUAUCAUAAAGGGCAGCAGGAACUUCUUUAUGUGGUACCUUUUGUCGCAAAAGUGCUCGAAGCUUGCGCGAAAAGUCGCGUUUUUCGUCCACCUAAUCCCUGGACCAUGGCAAUUAUGAAUGUCCUAGCUGAACUUCAUCAGGAACCUGAGUUGAAAUUGAAUUUGAAGUUUGAGAUUGAAGUUCUCUGCAAAACUCUAACUAUCGAUGUUGCGGAAUUGAAACCGGUCAUCUACUUGAAAGAUCCCGAAAAAUUGCGCAACAUCGAGUAUCAAUUGUCGCAGCCAAAUAAAAAAUCUGAAGCUUCGAAUAAUCAACAGCAGUCUCAGGGUCCUAUAGAAGAACUGGUAGGUCCGACAACUAGUGGUGCCAUUGUCCCUCAGACUGCUCCUCCUGCGAAUACGACACCUUCGUUACCAACUGGUCCGCCUGAACCGCGAUUUAAUUACAUGGAUAUAUCUAUAUCUGGCAUCGCUAACAUAUCUUCACAUAUUACUUUCAACAGUCAAUUACCUUUUUUUCAAGCGCAUCCGCAUCUGAAGCAAUUUAUUCGUCCAGCGAUCGAACGAGCGAUUCAGGAAUGGAUUCACCCGGUCGUCGAUCGUUCGAUGAAGAUUGCUAUAACGACCAGCGAACAAAUCGUAAGAAAAGACUUUGCGUUGGACCCGGAAGAAAUGCGAAUGCGAACAGCAGCACGUCAUAUGGUGCGCAAUCUGACCGCUGGCAUGGCUAUGAUCACGUGUCGCGAUCAGCUCCUAACAUCGAUCAGCGCGAACCUGAAACAAUCAUUCCACGCGGCGAUGAUCGCCUCGACUCAGCAGCAGAAAGAAGUCGCUGAACAAGCGGCAAACUUAGUCGCUGCCGAGAACAUGGAGCUUGCAUGCGCCUUCGUACAGAAGACUGCUAUGGAGAAAGCGAUACCGGAAAUGGAUAAACGGCUCUUGAACGAGAUAGAGUUGCGUAAGAUUGCUCGACAAGAAGGAAGAAGAUAUUGUGAUCACCUCGCCAAAUACCAAGCGGAGAGAAUGCCAGAACAAAUUAGACUGAAGAUUGGCGGUGUCACGCCACAACAGAUGGCGGUUUAUGAGGAAUUUGCCAGGAACAUUCCAGGAUUCCUCCCACUAUCUGAACGAGAUACACAAGCCCUCUUCAUGCCAAAACCUGCUACCGAUACCACUGUUACCUCCUAUGUUGCAAAUCCGGCUGUGGCAGUUGCAACGGCGCAGCAAGUCGCUGCCUAUGCAACGGCAUCGGCGGUCAGCAAUGAUGAAGUCGGUGCUAUGCUGGAGAAACUCAUCGCUGAAGUGGAGAUUUUAUUGAGUGCUAUGGGUCCCGCGACACCUCCUUCUCAACAUGCUACUCUUCACAGUCUUCUUGAGUCGAUCAUUCUUACUAGACGAUCGAGAGACGCUGGUACAGCAAUGACACUUUUGAAGAAGACUGUCGAAAGCCUACUAGAUGGUCCUACGAUCUCUAGUGGUGUCAUCGAUUCAGAGGUUGUGUUGCGAUACAGAGACAUGCACUUACGCAUUCUGAAGUGUCUUCAAGAUCCACGCGCCUAUGGUAUGCAGUGGACUAAUAAACACGUUACUCGUUGUUUAAUCGAAAGCAGAGAGGAAUUUCGAUAUAACUUCGAAGGUGUAGACUGUCUUAUAAGGUCUCAUCUAGUUAGUCUUCCUCAAUAUGACGUAGCAUUGGCGCAAGCCGUGGAAGCAGGAAGCGCCUUGGCAACAGCAUUUGCUAUGCAACUGGUUCAACUAUAUUUGAUCGACGAGAGACAGACAACUCAUGUUACGGAAUCUGAUUUGUUUCACACGAUCGAGAUACUCGCUCGCAUGGCUCAUCACAGAGCUCCGCCAGAGGGUAUCUUGCUUUACCGACUUACAAGCCUAAUAGAUUCUUUGCGCGCCAAUCACGACCCCGGUAUAUUGGUAGAUAGACCUCCUGCUGGACCGACCGCGCACAUUCACUCUGGAAUCCUGCAGGUGAGAGCUCGCGAUUUCGACGAUCCACCCGGAUUGAUGGACAAAACGGAGUAUCUGUUGCGCGAGUGGGUCUCCAUGUACCACAAUCCUACGCACGCGCGCGAUCCCACGAAGGCGUUCAGCAUCUUCGUGCACCAAAUGAACAUUCAUGGUAUCCUCAAGACUGACGACCUCAUCACCCGAUUCUUCAAACUGAGUACCCAGAUGUGCGUCGAUCUUUGUUAUCGUGCUCUCGCUGAGUCUGCCGCGGCACCGUCGCUCGUUCGCGCUAAAUGCUUCCACUCGUUGGACGCGUUCGUGCGUCUUGUCGCGCUGUUGGUGAAGCACUCGGGCGACACCACCAAUACGCACACCAAGAUCAACCUCUUGAACAAAGUGCUCGGUAUCGUUGCCGGUGUGCUGCUGCAAGAUCACGAAAUGCGCAAUACUGACUUUCAGCAGUUGCCAUAUCACAGAAUCUUCAUCAUGCUGUUUUUGGAAUUGUGUGCGCCCGAGCCUGUGUUGGAGGCCGUGAACUAUCAAGUACUGAUGGCCUACUGUCAUACGCUGCACAUACUGCGCCCAGCGAAGGCGUCUGGUUUCUGCUACGCUUGGCUGGAACUGGUCUCGCACCGGGUGUUCAUCGGCCGUAUGCUGGCCAUUACGCCGCAGCAGAAGUGCUGGGGCAUGUACGCGCAAUUGCUCAUAGAUCUGUUCAAAUACCUCGCGCCCUAUCUACGCAACGCUGAGCUCGCCAAGCCUGUGACUCUCCUGUACAAGGGCACGCUCCGUGUGUUGCUGGUGUUGCUGCACGACUUCCCGGAGUUCCUGUGCGACUAUCACUAUGGAUUUUGCGACGUGAUACCGCCCAACUGCAUACAGAUGAGAAAUCUCAUUCUGAGCGCAUUUCCUAGAAACAUGCGCCUGCCCGAUCCAUUCACGCCAAAUCUUAAGGUCGACAUGCUGCAGGAGAUUGCGCACGCACCGCGAGUCCUCACAAAUUUUGCGUCUACGAUACAGCCAUUAACAUUCAAGAAGGAGCUAGAUUCUUAUCUGAAGGCUCGCGCGCCGGUCACCUUCUUGUCCGAGUUGCGCAGCAAUUUGCAGGUAUCGCAAGAGGCUGGAGUACGUUACAAUAUUCAACUGAUGAACGCGUUGGUGUUGUACGUGGGCACGCAAGCUAUCGCGUUCAUUCGCAGCAAAGGCCACGCGCCCAACAUGUCCACGAUUGCGCAUUCCGCGCACAUGGACAUCUUCCAGAAUCUGGCUGUCGACCUCGACACAGAGGGCCGGUAUUUGUUUUUGAACGCUAUAGCGAACCAGCUGCGAUAUCCCAAUAGUCACACACAUUACUUCAGCUGUACGCUCCUUUAUCUGUUCGCCGAAGCGAACACAGAAGCGAUACAAGAACAGAU